AUUUUGAAAAACAUUUCAGACAUGCCAAAAGAUCUACAAGGAUUGUACAAAUAUAGCCUUUUAACUAGUCUGUGCAUAUAAGAAGAACGAUACGAUGCAUGAGCUGUACAUACCUCAUCAGAAAACAAAGUUAUGAAGAAGUGAACAUCGCAAAAAGUCAGAAAAGACGAGUGAAAUUGAAAUUUUAGGGAAACAUCACUUUUAACAUGGGCAUUAGAAAAACCAAACUCCAAAGCAUAAAUUACAGUCACACACACUGCUGAAACUCAGCCAAACUUGGUAACGUUGAUUCCAUGAAUUGUGAGCUAGCCUUCAACAAAAUCUAAUUUUCACACUGUCAAUCGCAGUUUGAUUUGUACAUAUUCAUACAUAAGAAGCUAACAAUAUUAGCUCUAUGGAAUAAAGUUGCCAUCACAAGUGCAUACUGACUGCGAUAUUUUUGCAAUUGAAUAAAUUUGAUGCAUGGGUAUUAGCUGCCCGAACCAUAAGAAUAACCUGCAUGUACCAUGGAUGUAAAAUCAGAAAUCCGUAGAAAAGUCAGAGAGGCAUUUACAACCUUAUCGUCAACCACAGAUAACAAUGAUGUGAUGUUAGCUCUAAGAGAAAUAUCAUCCCUUUUACCAUUAAUGACCUCACCAUGCUUGAUACAAAAUAUUCCGAGAUCGGACAUUCCACAUGCGAAACAGGAAUUCAUUGAACAGCAUUACCCAAGAUUCAUAGAGUUCCUACUGGAGCAAUUAUCAGUGGAUUGGGUGAGCAGGUUCCCAAAAGAUACAAUAAGUGGCGUGUUUGAUGUGUUUUAUUUGAAAGGUGAUCACCAGGAGGCGUUUAUUGUGCUGUGUAAUACCAUUAGCAAUUGCAGUCCCAGUUAUAAACUGAAUAAAUGUGUGUCACUCUUGGAGCAGUUUAUAAGUGGUGAGAAUCUCAUAGACAUGAUGUGGCAGCAAUGUGAUGGUGCUAAGGGGCCUGCAGACCCCUACAGAUAUUCACAAUGGGAAGAACUUGUGACGCUCAUGGCAACACUUCCAGAGAGAAUUACAAAUAAAUUGAAAAAUGAGACAAAUGAGAUGUUCUUUCCCCAGCAUUAUGUACCUCACUUGACUAAUCAGAUUAUGACAGUUCUACAGCAAGUGUAUAACAGUAUCAAAGUAGACCAUGAUUGUUCCAUGGAGUUCCUCAGCCUCCUCCUGGGCAAACUGGGUCUUCAUGGUCACGCAGACAUAGUUUGGACAGUCAUGAUGCCAACAAUAUAUAAGUUGACUUCUCAUGACUUUGUUUGGUGCCGAGUGUGUGAAAAGCUUGUGACUGGAGUCCCUGAUAGAUGCAAGGAGAGUAUCGUAACUUCACUGCUUAAGACUGCACCAUGGUAUGGUGUGAUAAACAAGUUGCUUGGCGAUACAGUAUUAACCAAUCAGAAGUUGUUAUUUCUGUUGACCAAUAAGCUCCUACUUGUUCGGGCAUUUAAACAGGAACAAUUGCUAAAAAAUAUAAUUGGUUACCUGGCAACCUCGUCGUCAAGGAGACACAUCUAUGUUAAGACCAUGAUGACACUGCUUGAUGUAUGGGGUGACUCCAGUGCACUAAAACAUACAUCGUAUGAUCAACAUCUUUACAUCUCCCAGGCUAUUAUGGUGUGCCUUGCUUUUGUAAGCACUAAAGAAAAACUAGAAAACAAACAAGAGUUACUAGGCAAGCUAAUGCCAGGAAUGCAAUGUCACCUGGAUUCGGGGGAGCAUAGCGUGAGGACAAUAGGAAUGGUAGUUGGAGAAUCACUUACUAACUGCAUAGACCCGGGAGGUCACAAGCUAGAGUUCCAGUAUGAGAGAACUGCUGAAGUUGAGCAUUUACAGUCUCUAUUAGUCAUUCCCAAAGACCAGGGCACUAAACUAAUGGAAAGCCGAAUGCAGGAACUCAACUUAAAACCUCAACCAUCAGUUAAAUCUUCACCUAACAUUCCUCAGAAUAUCUCUUCUCCUCACUCAGACUCCUCUGACCUUGACAGUGAUGAUGACCUUGAACCCUAUGACCUCUCAAAUGAUGUGAAACAAUCCGCUGUAAAGAAACCUGUGUAUGUGAGAGAUUGCAUGGAGGGUCUGAUUUCAUCGGAAGACCCUGAUAGACUAGAGACCUGUCUCUCAACAGCGGAGGUCCUAGUUAGGAGGAAACCAGACAACCUCGGAGAGGUUGCUGCUGAGUUUACAAAGUUACUGCUCCAUUUACAAGACAACUUUGCCACUCCACUCUUCCCUAUGCAGAGACAUGGAGCCAUGGUGGCACUUGCUGUUCAUUGUCCUAAAGAAGUCAGUGGAUACUUAACAAAUGAAUUCUUUGAGAGGAACUACAAUUUGAGACAGAGGAUGGACAUACUAGAGGUUUUAGCUGCAGCUGCCCAGGAGUUGUCUCAACCUAAAGAGCUGGGAGCAAUACCUUCUAGUCAUAUACAACCAAUUCCAGAUAACACACAAGCUGCUGCUAAUUCAGAUGAUCAACAUGACUGGAGGGAGAUUGUGCAGAAGAGAAUAGACAGUAAAACCAGAAGGUUUGGAAAAGGUCGAACUCAACCACCUGUUCCACAAGUCAAUAACAAAUUUGCUGAAGUCGCUGGUUGCUUCUUUUUCCCGCUCCUAAAAAACUUUGACAGGAAAGAGAACACAUUUGACCUGUUGGGAGAGGACCACAUUGUGCUAGGGAGACUCAUGUAUACCCUAGGAAUCAUUGUCUAUGCAGCUAUCAACACACCGAUAGCGCGUCAAAUGGCCACAUCACUGUUGGAAUUCAUAUGGAUUCUAAGAUAUCACCCUGAAGCGACUGUAAGGCAGGGAUUGUUGUUUGCACUGUCUAUGAUGUUACUCUCCAUACCAGGGUUUGUCUUAAUGGCUGAUCUCCAGUCUGAAAUAUCUGAGACCAAGGAAUGGCUGGAAGAUUUGGUUGAUAAAGAUCCAGACAAUGAAUGCAAGAAGCUUGCCAUCCAAGCCUUGGUACUCAUGCAGAAUAUAGUACAACAGGAAUUUUCUAACAAGAAGCCUUGAAAAUCGUCAAGAUGGAAUCAAGGACAUGAUUGAACAUUUCAUAAUGGACAGUGCAAAACUUGAACUGGUGUACUGUAUGCACAUGUGGAUGGCACACUGUGUAAUGUAUUUAUACAGCAUGAAAUGCCCCAACACAUUAUCUGCUACAUUUAUAUUAUUAGUACUAUCCCCUCCCUUAUCAUAUCAACAACUUGCAUAUGCUUGGAAUGUAUAAAUGGAAGUUGACACAUGAAUGUAUGGAAGGUUACCAGAGACUAAAUUUAAAUAUGUAAAUGACUUCAGUCAUACUGAUGAAACCUUGCAAAAACAAUGGCCAUGUUUCAGUGCUCAACUUUGCAAUUAUAGACAUUACAUGUAUGUACAUGCAUGUACAGUGUACAUGUUGCCACUGAUUUUGAAUAAAGAUCUCCAUGAUAUGUACACGUAUGUAUUCUGUCAUUUAAAGAGAGAAUCAGAUAUAG